ACGGUCCGAGCGCUAGUAACAUCGAUGUCACGGCAGCGAUCUAAGAUCUUUGAGCUGUCUCCGAAGUGAGCGGGUAACAGUAACGAUACUCAGACAUGCAGAGUAACAUACAAAAGUAAGUUACAAGCCCUCCUGCAUCUGCAGGGAAGUAUCGCCUGCAUAUAAACCAGCCUACAGGACGCCAUGCGGAUGUCCGUAAUCAUGAUGCCUCCAAUUUUUGACAACUAGAAGGACUCUGCGGGGGCAUUUUUGUCACAUCAUUUAUUUUCAUGCCGUUGCGGUUUGCUUAAUCGGCGCUGGGCACCUACCAACGUUAGCUCCCUGCAAUAAGGGCUAGGUGCAUGGAUCACAUUCCAACGAAGGAACAGAUAUUUAAGCUCAGGCAACAGUGAAUACCUCGAUUUAAUGACACUUUCAUACUACCUAGUAGGUAAUUUUCAACCUAAGAAAACAGAUCAGCAUAUCUUCCCGUAAGCCUCAAUUACUCUUCCAGCUAGGAAAAGCUCAUAAUGCUCGGCCGUCUCCUACUUACCGUCGAUGCUCUUGGCAUGUGCAUUGGCACUCUAAAAGCCGAUUAUUUCAAUGAAUCGCACAUGUUCAAUCCUAGAUGGCCGCCGCAUGCGAAAUUCCACAACGUUCAAACUAUCGGGCUCGCUGUAAUCCUAUCAAUCAUAACGCUUUAUUACACGUGGCGUCCUGCUCGGACACGUGAGCUUAAUCGUGAGUUCAUGUUUAUGAGCGCCUUGUCCGGAUCUAUUUACUGGUUUGCUGGUUUAAUUGCGAUACUUCCGCCGGGCACAGCGGGACUCGACCCGGAGUUCGGUGGGCCAGGAUUCCCGCAGGGUCCUCUUUUCGUUGCUUUGAUGGGCUGUGGAUUGCUGGGUGCCUGGUUAGAGUAUUGACGGAGGUGACGGAGGUAUCGGUGAUGACAGGACAACUUCCUGCUUUCUCUAUCAUUUCGGGCAGGCGGCAAGCCUACCUGAAAACAAAAUAAACAUAACAUUACACCUUGGG